UCCUCAAGUGAGCACUUAGCUUGGGCACACAAUACACACCACAAAAGAAGCAAAGAGGAGCAAGAAGAAGAUUGAAGGAGAUGGAGUACGACUACCAGUACAGCAAUGGUGGAAGCUUCGCCAAGGAGAAGAGGCCCCCGGUGAAGAGGGGUCAGGUGAAGAUCCAGAUAGCGAGGGCGCUGAGCAACCUCGUGUCUCCCAGCGGCGCUGUUGAUGGCUCGAAGCAAGCGAAUCGUAAAAGCUUCAGCAGGGAAACAAGCUACACCUGACCGAAAAAAGUUAUAUGGUGCGUGUGACAAAGUGGUGUAAUUACCAGCUGUGUCUCUUUUGAGGAUUUUAGCAGAGGGUCUCUCAGUUUAAUAUGUACUGACCGUCUGUUUGAUCCACUAUACUGUAACUUGGCCUGAGUGGAAACGAAAGGAAGUUCCACGUGAUAGAUGUACAAACUUUGGGUAUACUAGUAAAAAUGCCCGUGCGUUGCACCGGGUUAGAUUGUCGA